GUCAAACUAAUAUAGAAGGAGAAAAAAAAUCCAUCCGCCAGUCGGAGGGAGAGGCGGAAGGACAUGCAGUAGUUCGGCAUUCACGUAAGGAAAAAGGAAACUGAAACCUAACCAGAACAGAAUCUCCGCCAAAACGAAACCUCCGCCAAAGCCGAAUCUCCGCCAAAAUUGAGCAAAAGAAAGUGCACAACAGUUAAAAAACCAUCAUCAAGUCCCGGAGUGGCAGCCGGUUUUUCACCUUUCAACUUUCAACUUUCAACUUUCUACUUUCAACUUUCCAACGUUAUACUUUUUACCUGCCUUUCUGCUGCAUUUAUGAUGCAAUAAAUGGAUGAGUGGAAUCCAGUUAAAACUCCCUUGAUGAUGUGUUUUCCUUUCAAGCGGGAAAACUUGUGCAUAAGAGAAUAGCUUGACAGUGAAAAACCGGGACCAGUGAAAAACUGGACAGUGAAAAAACGGGAAACCAGGAAAACUGGAAACCUGUUUGACUCAAAAAAGGCAAGUGAGAAGAUAAUAUAUUCAAUUUGAAGAAUAACUGUGAAGAAUGGCCACACAGGCGGUAGGAAAGUCACUCGAACAACUAAAAGCAAAAAGGACAGUGGAAAAAAGGGCAUUCACACGUCUAGCCAACACUAUAUUCAAAACUUGUAAAAACAUGACAGAGAUGGAUCUUCAAGACAGUUUAAAUAAACUCACAAUACAAGCAGAGAAAGUCAUGGAAGUAAAUGAUGAUCUUGAAGCAGGCAUGAUUGCAGAAAUAGAGGCAAAUCUGGAUACAGACCAGUCAGUUGAAUUAACAGAACAGCAAAAAGACGACCUCGAGAAGACUGCAAGCGACUGUGAGUUAAAACUGGAUGAAGUGAAAGUUCUUCUUCAUGAAAGGUUAUGGACUAGAUAUGGGGAUGUUGAACUGUCCACGGCACUGCAGGUUGCUGAAGCUGAGAGUGAUAGAGUCGAAGCAGUAGAUCCAACUGGAAAUCAUGAAGCAUACGAUUUCAUGCUUAGUCACCUUCAAAAUCUGAUAAAAAAUGCAAAGGAGAUGUACAGCAAAUGGCAACGGUGCAUCCCAUCAGGUGAUGAGAGAGAUUUCAGCCAGAGACAAAGAGGACUCGAAGCAAACAUUACCAGGUUAGUGGCAAGGAAAGCUGAUUUCAUGCAAGCAAGACAAGCUGAGGAGGCUAGGAAUAUAGCACAAGUCCCAGUGAUUUCUACUUACCCCAUAGCAACAAUUAAGUUGAAACCUGCAACACUACCAAAGUUCUCUGGUAGCAAGAGAGAUUUUCACAGAUGGAAGAAGGAUUGGGAGGCACUCCAAAAGCAGGGUGAGCCCACUGGCUCUAAGGAGGUCAAAAAGGUUCAGUUACUAGACAGUCUUGAAGAAAAGAUUGUAAGAGAACUCCGCCUUACCACUUAUAAUUCUGCUGAUGACAUUUUUCGUGUCUUGGAAAAUCGCUAUGGCAACAAGACAGCAAUUGCUAUCGAAAUAGUGGAAGACUUGCAAAAAAUUCCUCCCAUUAGAAGUCACCAACCACGAAAAAUAGUUGAACUAAUUCGAGAAGUAGAGAAGGCACUUGGAGAUUUGAGUGAUCUUGGAAAUACUGGCGCCAUAAACAACCCACUGGUAACAAAGUCGAUAGAAGGAAAACUUCCUGAAAGUUUAAAAAAGGAAUGGCUUAUUCACGUAUCUGCCCAACAGAGUGCAGUCACACCAGAUAAUCGAUUUGACUACCUUUUGGAUUUCCUCAAAAAGCAAGAGAACAUCUACGAGCAAUUGGAACAAUUAAGACUUGAAGAACCUAACAGAAAGGAUGUGCGAAAUGAACCUAAAUGGGCAAAAACAAAGUCUACAAAAUCAAACACUGACCAGGCUGGUUGUGUAGUCUGUGGUGAUGCUAAGCAUAAAUGGAAACUCUACUUCUGUAAGCAGUUCCGGGCAUCGAAAUUAGUAGAUAAAAAGGCUGCAGUAAGUGCACUCGGAGCUUGUAAAAAAUGCCUUGAGGUCCAUGAGCAGUAUUCAUUCUGCAAACGAAACUACUUGUGCAAAAGCCAAGACUGUGAAGAUGAGGGUGCCCCUGAGCAUCACUACUAUUUAUGCCCUAAUGCUAAAAGAGAGGAGAAACGUGCUGACCAAAAAAAGAGCAAACUUUGUCCGGAAACGGAGAAAUGUGUAAAAGACUACACUAGAGAUCAGCAAGAUUUUCUCAGCAGACUUUCACCAGAAUUAGCACAGCAGUGUAGAAAUGUGUUCUCAAACACUACAGCAAGAGUGUUCAAUGUGACAAAGGAAAAGCCAGGUUUACUAGCACAAAGUGGACUGCUAGAAUUGCCUGUAAUCAUGAUGCUUCUAAAUGUGACAGCCAAUGCUGGUCAAAAGAUUGGGACAUUAAUUGAUUUGGCAUCAGACACUAAUUACAUAACGCACAGCGCUGCUGAUCGUCUGAACCUAAAAGGAGAAAAGAUAACUCUUGUAAUCCAUGGAGUUGGUGGCAUGAAGGUUCGGAUGAAGACUAAACGUUAUCUUCUGAAAAUAAGGGUGAGAACCUCCCAGGGAACCUUCAAGUCCCACCAAUUGGCGUGCUAUGGGUUGGAAAGCAUCGCUGAAAUUAAUAACACAGUGCAACCGAACCAACUGAAAAAAUUGUUUCCAGACAUACCUCUUGCCGAACUUGCAAGGCCAAAAGUAGUUGACCUGCUUAUAAGCCAUCGAGAAGGACAGUUGGCUCCACAGAGGAUCAGAAUUGUUGGAGACCUGGUAUUGUGGGAUGGUCCACUUGGAAAGACGAUUGGAGGAACUCAUCCUGAGCUUUUCGAAGAUGUGACUGUAUCUGCCUACCGGUCCAAGACUCAUUUUGCACGAUCAAUGAGAUUGGCUGCUGUUAAAUAUGAGGAAGUAACUGAGUACAGUCCACCAAACAAACCACUAGCCAGACUCCAUGAAUCAAGCGUCUCAACCAGUACUCGAGACUUUCUUGAAUGGUGGAAGUGGGAUUCCAUUGGUGCAGCAUGUGAGCCAAAGUGUGGGGGUUGUCGCUGCGGGAAUUGUCAACCUGGUGGAAAAGAAAUGUCUCUUGCUGAGGAGAGGGAGCUGGAGUUAGUAAAAGAAGGUCUCACUUAUGUCAUGGAGGACAAACACAGCAAUGAGCCACAUUGGCAUGCUAAAUAUCCUUGGAUACAGGACCCAACUUCCUUACCAGACAACAGGCGUGCAGUUGAGGCUACAUUUCUGCAUACAGAGAAGCAGUUGGCCAAAGAUCCUCAGUGGAAAGCAGCUUAUAGUGCCCAAGUGAAAGACAUGCUUGACAGAGGGGCUGCAGUUAAGCUACCUGAAAGUUCAAUUGCUAAUUGGGCUGGACCUGUAUGGUACGUGAGUCAUCUCAUCGCUCCAAACCCUCACUCAGUCACAACCCCAGUGAGACUCGUUUGGAAUAGCAGCCAGAGAUUUAGAGGUGUCAGCAUGAAUGACCUGUUAAUUAAAGGACCAGACGUUCUAAACCAGAUACGUGCUGUUCUGCUGAGAUUCAGAAGUGGAGUGUAUGCUGCAUUGGGGGAUAUUAAGAAAAUGUACAACUCUGUUUGGUUGGAGGACCAAGAAGUACAUUUGCACAGAUUCCUUUGGCGAGACACGGAGAAUGAGGAGCUGGGAGAAUACGCAAUCACAAGAGUCAAUAUUGGAGACAAACCAGCAGGGUGCAUUGCGCAACUGGCAAUGCAUGAAACUGCUAAUUUGCCAUCCUUUGCUCACCUUGAAGAGGAACGACGGGUAAUCCAACAUGACAGCUAUGUUGAUGAUAUUCUCACAUCUCACAAUGACCUUGACCAGCUACAGUCCAUUGUGGCAAACACAGAGUUGAUCUUGAAAGCUGGAGGAUUUCAUCUGAAACCAUGGGUCUUCUCAGGUCAAAGUGGGAGGGAAAAGUCUGAUGAUAAGAGCUGUAAGAUAAAGGAAAAGGUUAUGGUUCUGCCAAACCAAUUGCUUGAUGAUGACAACAAAGCACUUGGCCUAGGCUACUCUGUGGAAGACGACAAGUUGUAUGUGAUGACAGCCAUCAAUUUUUCAAAAAGAAAAAAGAAAAUUAGACUUGGACAAAACCUAACACAGGAGCAAGUUAGAGCCCAAACACCAAAUCCACUGACAAGAAGAGAGCUCUUGAGUCAGGUAUCAGGGGUAUAUGAUCCAGUAGGCUUAGUGACUCCAGCCAAACAAAAGGGAGCAAUUCUGGUUCGCAGAGCUUUUCAAGAAGCAAAGAAUACAAGACUUCAAGUCAAUGAAACUUGGGAUGUUGCUCUCUCAGAUGACCUUAGAGAAGAUGCUAUCAAACUCUUUGAGGAAUACAUCCAACUAGGCCAAAUUAAAUUCACAAGAGCCAUAACACCUCCAGAAUUUGAAGGACACCCCUGGGCAAUAACCUUUUCUGACGGAAGUGAAAACACUUAUGGUGCUGUAAUGUACUUGAGAUGGGACUCAAAACAGGGCCCAGCAAUCAGGCUUGUGGAGUCCAAAGCUAAGCUGACUCCUUUAGACCAAAAAGGAGAUGCUAUCAAGGCAGAGGUGUGCGGAGCUGUGUUCACCUCACGUUUGCGAAAGUACUUUGAGCAGCACAGCCGAAUUCAAGUGGAGAGAUGGUUCCAUUUAGUUGAUAGCCAAACAGUACUUGGUGCUAUACAACGUGAAAGCUAUGGCUACAAAACAUUCUUCGCCAAUCGGAUCGGGGAGAUACAAGGAAUCACAAAAGCGCAAGAGUGGUGGUGGAUACCAGGCCCACAAAACAUUGCUGAUGUGAUAACUAGAGGAGCUAGCCCUCAAAAUCUCGAUGAAAGUUCAGAGUGGCAAAAUGGGCCAAGAUUCCUGAGCUUACCAGUAGAUGAAUGGCCAAUCAAGUCAGCUAAAGACUUAGCUAUCACUGCCCGAGAAAGCAUUAACGAACUUCAAAAGAAAGCGUUUGCAGCUGUAUUGACAAGGUCAAAAACAAAGCAAAAGGAGCCGACCAUGGAGUCGAAACCAAUUGAGAGCCCCAACCUAGUUCGAGCGGAACAAAAAAGACCACCAGCAGGCUUAGCUGUCCUUAACUUGUGUGACAUAAAGCGGUUCAGUGACCUGUCACGACUGGUUAAAACAAUAGCAUGGGUUUGGAGAGCUGCAAAGAAGUUUCUCGGCAAAAAACGGACUGUAAAUAAACCAAAGUGGGAGGCAGUCUUGUCAUUAGGAACCAUUUCAGUAAGAGAAAGAGAAGAUGCUCUACGAGAUAUUUUUCUUGCUGAGCAGGAUGGGGUGACCUUUCCAAACACCACUAAAGAGAGGUUAGUUGUCUUUAAAGAUCCAGACUCUGGAUUGUUGGUCUGCGGUGGUAGGGUGCAGGUCUUUCAAGAUGAUCAGCUGAGUGUUCCAAUUCUUCCUUCCAAUUCAUGGAUUUCCACAUUACUAGCUCAAGAAUCUCACAAGGAGAGCCACGGAGGCUUGGCUGAGACUCUGCUUAGAAUGCGAAGGAGAGCCUGGGUAUUAAAAGGCAGAAGAAUAGCACAAAAAGUUGUAGACAGCUGUGUACAAUGUAGGAAGAACAAAGCAAAAAAGUGUCAGCAAGUAAUGGGUGAUCUUCCUUUAGAAAGAACCCAACCAGCUGCACCUUUCGAGUUCACAGCAUUGGAUCUUUUCGGACCUUACCAUGUGAAAGAUGAUGUCAAGAAAAGAGUCUUGCUGAAGGUCUGGGGUGUUGUUUUUUGUUGUAUGUCGAGCAGGGCAAUCCAUACAGAACUGGUUAACUCUCAGUCAACCGAAGGUUUCUUACUGGCCUUUCAAAGAUUUGCUACAAUUAGAGGCUAUCCCAGAAAGAUUUUUUCAGAUCCUGGUACCAAUUUCAUUGGAGCAAGACCAGUUUUGCAAGAUCUGUACCAAUUCCUGGAGGGAAUUGACAAAUCUACCCUGGAGGAAACAGCAGUAAAACAUGGAACUGAGUGGAUCUGGAAGAUUCACCCAGCUGAUUCCCCACAUAGAAAUGGAGCUGCUGAAGCUGCAGUGCGCAUUAUCAAGAGGGCACUCCAAAACUGCGGAGGGGAGUCCACCCUCACAUACAGUGAAAUGCAUACAGCCCUUCAAAUAGCAGCUAAUCUUGCUAAUGAGCGACCAAUCGAUGCCAGGGCACAAACUCAGGAAGGCUGCAUUCAAUAUGUAACGCCAAAUUCGCUAUUGCUCGGACGAGCGUCUCAAAGUGGUGACAUUAAAACUUUUGACUUUUCCAGCUAUCCCUUCAAAAGACUCCAAGCAAUGCAGUCAUUGGUAAAUAAGUUUUGGGAACGUUGGAGCCAGCUUGCAGGUCCUAAUUUGUUCAUAAGGAGCAAGUGGCACACCACGCACAGAAAUGUCGCAAUUGGAGAUAUUGUCUGGAUCGCAGAUCAGAAUGCACUCAGAGGACAAUUCAAGCUUGGCAGAGUAAUCAGUGUCAAUCCAGACAGUAAAGGUGUCGUAAGAGAUGUAAAUAUACGAACAUUCCCAAGUUACCCUGUUCUGAUCACAAAACCAUCUAAAGCAAGGGCAAAUUCUUCGGAGUCCAAAAUCGGUCGAGAGAAGAUCCCGAGUACUGUCCUUCACAGAGAUGUCAGACGGCUAGUUGUUCUACUUUCUGCAGAGGAACAAAAGAGUAAAUAAUUCAGAGAACAUCCUUUUGAAAGCUAAAAGUAAUCGAACUAAAUAGUUUGCCUUCAAAGAGAUGCGAUUUCCUCUUUAUCCCAAGAAAAUCGAGUGGGAGGUGUCAAGUCAAACUAAUAUAGAAGGAGAAAAAAAAUCCAUCCGCCAGUCGGAGGGAGAGGCGGAAGGACAUGCAGUAGUUCGGCAUUCACGUAAGGAAAAAGGAAACUGAAACCUAACCAGAACAGAAUCUCCGCCAAAACGAAACCUCCGCCAAAGCCGAAUCUCCGCCAAAAUUGAGCAAAAGAAAGUGCACAACAGUUAAAAAACCAUCAUCAAGUCCCGAAGUGGCAGCCGGUGAGAACUUUACUUUGGUUAUUGCAAGAAAAUCGUGACUGUCAUGUCAGUAUUUGAGGGCAAAUCAACCGUGAAGCAGCAUCUGAGUUCAAGUUCGGCACAGAGGAAAAAGUUGCUCCUACAGUGCUUAUCUGCCCGCUGCUUAAUUACUUGAAGAUACAAAUAGUUAUUUGCAAACUAGAAAAUGUUAUAAAGCAGAAAUGUAUAGUUUUGGUUAUUUUGAUCAUCAUUUGAGUGCUGUCUGACUGACGUUAAGAUGUUAAUUUUCCUCCGUGAUUCAUAUGCAUGCAUGAGCAGAUCACGUGCACAUAAGCUGAUUGCUGCAGUAGCAAAAUUAAUCGCAUUUCAUUUAUAUGUCUUAAAACUAAAUAUUUAAGUUCAGUAUAUUAAACUGUACUGGUGAUUGUGCUUUAACAAGUGAUAAUUCAGUAUAAUACUUGAAAAUACUGUGUGAAAAAUCAGACAAAAUUUACAAAUGUUUGUAUAUAUAUGUUUAUUUGCAAUUUAAUUACAUAUGUUGUAUUUUUGUUUAUUUUAAAGGUUUUUCACCUUUCAACUUUCAACUUUCAACUUUCUACUUUCAACUUUCCAACGUUAUACUUUUUACCUGCCUUUCUGCUGCAUUUAUGAUGCAAUAAAUGGAUGAGUGGAAUCCAGUUAAAAC